GUCGCCCUUCUUCCUCUUUUAUUUUUGUUCAGUCGUGACGUCACAAGUCACAACAUUUGAACGAAAGUGAACCUAUGUCGGAGGCUUAUUUGGAAUAUCGCUGAUUUUACUCUUCAUCUGGGUCUUUCAAGUCUAUUUUCGUGACCGGAAGCAAGAAGAUUCAUUCACGAUGCAAGACGAGAACAGUGUCGAAAAAGACAUCAAUGCAUUACAUGAUUGUGUUAGCCACCUGCAGUCAAGUAUUGCUAAUAACAAAAGCAGUGCAGACUUAAUUUCUGCUGGCGACAUCUUGUCAAGUACGUUUGCAGCAGUCGAAUAUGAACAAUUAUCCAUGAAGGAAACUCUAAAAGAAUUGCUGAAAGUUGAAGAGGAGGAGGUAGAAACGUUAGAUAAUAUUCGAUCUGAGACAAUGGGAGCGGGAGUAGCACAACAAAUUGCACAGAUAUCUCAAGCAAAUAGAAACAAGAAUACUUUGGAAGAAGAAAUUGUUUCGUUGAAAGACAACAUUAGUCAUGUGGAAAAUCUGGAACAUCAGUUAGAGAAGAGGGUCAAGGCUUCCAGCCAACACAGCUUAAAUGCUCUUCCUAAAAUAAAUUCCACAAGCCAAACUUACAUAAGUAUUUCCCGACUGAAGUGGGAUUACACAGCUCCGGAAGAUGUAAUCAAAGGAUUUGUCAUCCAUCCAAAGAAGAAAGAUGUCACGCCCUUCAAGAUUAACAAGCCGAACCAUUCACAGUUUUUCAUCACAAAUUUCCUGUGGCAACAAAUCGCCAUUGAUAAUGACUUCUGAUUUCUAUCACCAAUCAUUUCUUAUUAAAAUGUAAGGACUGUUGCAGAUUUUAAGAGAUUUUUAAGUGCACCAUAUAACAUUCUCUUCUUUAUUGUAUCCACUUAAGGUAGAUUUAGUGGAAAGACUGACCAAUAUUUCACGCUACGUAUAUCCAAAAUAGUUAUAGAAGAACAAUUUAUUUUUUAAAUUGUAGCUUACUACUAAUAAUUAUGUAUUUUACAUUUUAUCCUGUAGUUUCCAUGUACAGUAGCAUAAUAAAUUAUGUAGCUUUUA